GUAUCCAAGAGCGGUCGCACAAGACAAGAGUGCUGUCGCUACGCGGGUUCUGACCUGUCGUCGCAACGGUGAACGCGACGGCAGCGGCGUCGUCGUCCGGGCUCGCCGCUGACCGCGUCCAGCCAUGGCGGCUGGCCACGCGGUCAUGCUCAGGAGCGGGGUGGACUCUGUCCGCAGCUGGCUGGUGGCCGUCAGCUGCUGCUGGAUCAACUUCUUCUCGGCCCUCAUGUACAAGUCGAGCGGCGUCGUCUACAUGGGCGUGCUGCAGACGCUCAGCGUAUCCCGGGAAGAGGCAUCGUGGCCCCUCACGCUACUCGCAGUCUUCAUCUUUACCACCGCUCCCGUUGCAGGCGUUCUCGCCCUGUACAUCGACAUCUGGAAAAUCUCGCUGUGCGGAUGCCUCCUCUCGUCCAUCUCGGUGUGCCUCUGUUUCUGGGCCAACAGCGUGAUCCACCUCAUUGUCUGCCUGGGUGUCGUGCAAGGUUUCGCUCUCGGUCUGCUCACGCUUCACAACGUGAUCAUCAAUCAGCAUUUCGAGAAGCACCGCGCCACGGCUUCCGGGAUCAGCUACGCGGGUCCCACGCUCGCAUCCAUCAUUUAUCCGCCGCUCGUCGAAGUGCUCUUCGCGUGGUACGGAUUGCGCGGGUCGCUGCUGCUUUUCGGCGGCAUCAUGCUGCACGCCGUCGCCGGUGCCUUCUUGCAAAUGGAGCCGAACCCGCGGAAGGCGGCGGUUGCCUCGUCGUCUUCGUCGUCCUACAGGGUCGUCCCGCGAGACCCUUUGCCGGAAGACACCGAAUUCUCGAAGGCCCAGCUCGGAAACGCGGAUGUAGCGAAAGACGAAGAACCUCUGGCAGCGAUUCCUCACGACUGUGGUGCCGAUGUGCAGCGGACGGCCCAAGUGCAGCACGGCGCAUCUGACACGGCCGUGAGGUUGGAGACCGGCCUGAGGCGCCUCGCGGCCGUCCCGAACAUCCAGCGCAAUGCGUCCGUGCUUCUGGAACCCAUGUUCUACCUGAUCUGCGCUUCGUUCGCCGCGGUGCUGUUCACCAUGACCACGUACCUAACUGUCGUGGUGGACUUCGCCGUCGACAACGGCGUGUCGCGGAUGAGCGCCGUGCUACUCAUCUCCGCCUACUCGAUCGCCGACCUGGUGGCCCGGCUGGGCUCCGGCUGGAUCUCGGACCGCGGCUUCGUGAGUCGCGGGAACAUGAUGGCCCUGAACUUCCUGGUGGGUGGCCUGUCGCUGUUCGCCAUGCCCGUGUUCACGACGUACAUCGGUCAGGUGACCAUGGCAGUCGUGUACGGCUGGGCCACGGGCUGCACCAUGAUCUUGGUGUCGGUGCUUCUCACCGAGCACAUCGGGCUGGACCGGCUGCCGGUCUCCUUCGGCGUCACGUCGUUCGUCGCUGGGGCGCUGUGCCUUUCCAGGCCUCCGCUAAUUGGUCACUACCGAGACGAGUACGGAAACUACGAAGGCCUCUUCCACGUGGUCGGAAGCUUCUCGCUCUCUCUAGCGCUUCUCUGGUUCGUCGCCAGCACAGCGAUCCGCUUCCGGCAACGGCGGAAGUGACGUGAACGAAAAACCGUUUUCCGGACUCGACAACGCUUCGAAGCUCGGCGUCAUCGCGCGAGCCCGGCAUCCCGAGGAAGCGUGGACUCGCCGUUACUGAAAUCCAAAAAGCGCAACAUGACGUGCGUAGGAUAUCGAACCUUGGUUGUAUGUGCCUUGUCGGCGCUGCCCAAAGCUGAGUGCGGUGUGCGAUACCGUGUUGGUUGCGGUGUGCCAUUUGCGUUGCACGCGUACACGGCUGUGAUUUAAAGAAAAUGAAGAAGAGAUGGGUGCAUUUACGCAUUUCUGCGAUUCGUCCGCGUAUGGGGACAGAUAUGUCUAGUCUUGUUGAAACAGCAGUGCGUUGUUGUGCAUAUUGGGAAAUCGGUGACUUUCUCGCUCGCAGUGGUGGUACUCGAGACAUUUGAAUCUGAGACUGUAUGCAGAUCGGCUGUUUUUUCUUGUUUACUCUGGCGUUACUGCAUCGAGCCUUGUAGGUGUAACAAAGCUAGCGUUGCCUUCAAAAUGCGCGAAUUACAUUGCAAUUGUCUUUUUCGCCUUAAUGUUGCAGGAGGGUCAUUCUUUCCUUGGUCAGUCUUACUGUACUAAGUGAUGUGUACGAUGUGUCACGUCACUGUACAGCCAGUGCAGUGUUGGCCAGAUCUUUUCAAAACUGCCGAGCGAUGUGACAAGAGCCAUUUCAAAGCGAAGGUCAAGAUAGCGCAAGAGAGAGAGAAAUAAAACUUGCCCCAUUUUUCCGACCGUUGCAAUCUCCCACUUAUCAGCACAUAAAGGUCUCCAGUGCGCCUCACCUGUGGUGGUGGCUCUGAAGAAAUCGCGCCGUGACUUCGACAUUUCUCGCUAAAUGUGUGCGUUGUAUUCCGUGCUUGUUUGCGUCGCUUCUUUUAUACGUUCACUGGUCGUACAUAUAAAGUAUUGCGCUUGCACUUCCUUACGCCGUUCGUUAGCAUUGCUGAAAUUGUGCAAAGUUGUGAAAUUCUUAAUUGGAAGCUAAAAAGAAAUUUCAAAUCAGCGUAAGCGUACUCUUUCAAAACCUUGCUUGGAAUCCGCUGACUAGAAAAAAAUAUUCUUCAGCAGAAAAAAUGAACAAACAAACCAAGUUUUCUGUUUGAAUUUCCCGGCACAGGCUAUUUCUGAAUACGUCACUGUGACGUCAAGCAUAUCGCGUUUUUUUUUCUUUGUCUUAUGCGGCGGCGUUAUUAUUGAGUUACUGGGGUGCACCUAGCACCUCCGUCAAAUAUUUUUCGUGGAAGUCUGUAGCAGACGCGAAAGCAUCUCACAAGAAGAGGACCGGCGAAUCGGUUCAAAGGCGCUUCAUGGUUUUCAUUGUAGUGGCUUCCGACUUAGUUGAUGAGUGUCACAUAGCAAUAUUUCAGAGAACGGCCUGAAAUUUCGCCGUAUGCGGUGUUUGCAUCCACUCUAAGAUUCGAUGAACGCACUGACACCGAGCAGAUGCGGUCAGGACCUGUGAAGUCCCUGUCUGGUAUUUGGCGGGGUCACCAAAGUGGCUUCACCAACUUCAAUGCGGGGUCGCCACCUGUAGCCCAUUUAGCGCCUUUUCAGUGCUUACAGUAAUAUCAAUGUUCACUGCAUGAAUUACUUGUACGGUAUCCACGGAGCCUACAGGGUGCUAGUAACGCAGGGUACGUAUCGGAACAGUACAGGCUACAGACCAGAAUGGUAAAAGUACCAGCGAAGUACUUUUCCUAAGCCUCCCUGUAAC